GCUAUACCUGUUCCAUUUUUUCGUACCGGUUGUAGACUGUAGUAUUAUCUUUCAUUCCACGGAGUGCUUUCAACUGGAUAUCAUAUACGCUGCCGCGUACUCGCGUUGUGUUCGGGUUCUGAAUCAUAACUAUUAAUUUAAUUUUUUUUAAUAUACCAAAGGAAUAGAAUGUAGUUUUUUAUGCGCGCAGUUUAUAUAAUAAUAAUUAUUGUGUAUGUGUGUGCGUGUGUGUGUGUUGUGUACUGUACUUAAAGAAAAUAUCACUUUCAGCUGACAUCAACGACCAGGUUACAAUAAUUCCAGACAAUAUAUCCAAUACUUAACAUCAUAACCACGGCAAUGGACAAUUAAAAGCAUAUCGAUCACAUGAUUGAUUACUCCGAUGUCUAGCGCCAAUCAGGUGGGCGUCGCAAGGGAAGGAUGACCCAUGCAGGCCGUUUGUCGCCAGUGAUAUGCCCGCUGGCGAAGUUGGGACGGUCGUCUCCAGGCUCGCUAGAGUUCACGCCGUCCGCGCGGAACGGUUCCUAUUGUCCGUACACCGUGCUCGAGGCCGAGACUAGCUUCACGUACAGUCCGACCACGUUGCGGUGCAGUUCGCCGUCCCUGGACCAAGGAUACCACACCCUGGUGACGGGCGGUGGCGGUGGCGGCGGCUGUGACGUUGUCGUCGGUACCAACCCGCCGUCGUUGCAGUCCACCGCCACCAAGCACAGGCGGUCGCAGUCUAGGACCACCGUCGGCUGCUACUUCGAUCGACUGCGCGAUGAGCUGAUGCUCAAGAUAUUCUCGUACCUCGGCAGCGCGGAUCUUAGCACUUGUGCCGCCGUGUGUCACAGAUGGGAGAACCUCGCGUGGGAGCCAGUCCUGUGGCGAACCAUCGCGCUGUCUGGCGAGAACACCUGCGGCGACAAGGCGGUCAGGUGCGUGUUGCGCCGGCUGUGCGGCCGGACCCGGACGGGCGCGUGUCCGCAAGUGCAGCGACUGUUCCUCAGCGACGGCACGAAAAUCUCCGACAAGGGUCUGAUCGCGUUGGCCCGGAGGUGUCCGGAGCUCACGCACGUCCAACUGCACGGCAGUCCCAACAUCACCAACGCGGCCAUAUCCGAACUGGUCACUCGGUGUCCUAACCUGCAGCAUUUGGACGUUACCGGUUGCGUCAAAGUGUGUACCGUCGGGGUGUACAGCCGGCCGGAACCUUCGCUGAGGCUUUGCCUUCAGUACUUGGACCUAACCGAUUGCCAUCUUGUGGACGACGCCAAUUUAUGCGUCAUCGUCAGCAAUUGCCCUCAACUGGCCUACUUGUACUUGCGACGGUGUACGAAAGUCACAGAUGCCGGCAUUAAGUUCGUGCCCAGUUUCUGUUCCGCCCUGAAAGAGUUGAGCGUGUCCGACUGCCACCAGGUAACCGACUUCGGACUGUACGAGUUGGCUAAACUGGGCGCGCUGCUGCGUUACUUGUCGGUGGCCAAGUGCGACCAGGUGAGCGACGCCGGGCUGAAGGUGAUUGCGCGCCGCUGCUACAAGCUGCGGUAUCUGAACGUCAGGGGUUGCGAGGCCGUCAGCGACGACGCCAUCACCGUGCUGGCCCGGUCGUGCGCGCGGCUCCGGGCCCUGGACAUCGGCAAGUGCGACGUCAGCGACGCCGGUCUGCGGGCGCUGGCCGAGAGCUGUCCCAACCUGAAGAAGCUCAGCCUGCGCAACUGUGACCUGGUCACCGACCGUGGCAUCCAGCUGAUCGCGUACUACUGCCGCGGUCUGCAGCAGCUCAACAUACAAGACUGUCAGAUAUCCGUUGACGGGUACAAGGCGGUGAAGAAAUAUUGCAAACGGUGCAUCAUCGAACACACCAACCCCGGGUUCUUUUAAUCGGCCGUCUCGUCACCGUGCCAUUUCCGGUUUGGACAGAGUUGCCGAAAAAAACCCCGUCGAACAUAUUUUGGUGUUUGCCCAAAAAUAUGGGUUUAUAGGCGUGCCCUCGAAAACUUCACCGGGUCGAAGUUAAUGAAAAAAAACCCGCGUUUUGCCAACUCUGAAUUAGAUAAGAAUCCUUCGGCGGACCUCCGAUUGCGCCACCGAUAUCUACACCGUGAUCAGUCAUUGUAACGGUAUAUACAACUCAUCAUAAGACUGUGAACACAAAACUUUGAUAUACCUUAUUAUAUGUUAAGCGUUAGUUUUAUAUUCAGCACAGCGACUUGCUGAAGACCAAAAAUAUUUAACACCAAAUUGCUACUGUCGACUACUCUAAAUAGGUAUUAUAUAUAACAUAGCAUUAAUUUAAACGUGGCCAUUGUUAAGUAUCAUACUAUUGUCUAAUAUUUAACUAUGUUGUUAUAAAUUAUAAACAUUUAUUUUUAUAUUUUUACAUCUAUGUAAAAUUAAUCACACGCGAUCAACAUGCCAAAUCGUUUAAUCUUUAAAAUUUUAUUUUUUACUAUUGUCACCAAGUCUGAUCAUUGUUCAAAACUUUUAUAAUAAUAUAGUUAACAUACCGUUAUUUCUGAAUAAUAUUAAUUCGAUACAAUUCUGUACUUGUUAGAAAAAAAAUUACAACACUGAAUAUUUACUUUAAAUUGUGUGUAAAUGAUGAUUUAUGUCAAUAUGUUGUACAGUUCUGUUAUUAUACGUUUAAAAUAUGUGUAUAUAUUUUAUAUAACAAUGUUUAAGCUGUUGUUGUUUUCAAUUCUGUUAUUUUGUAUUUAUAGUCAUCACAUGUGUUUAACUUGCCCUAAAAUACAUGAUUUCCAAUACAACAAGAGUCAAUAACAUGGAUAGGGACAAAAUUAAGUGCUAACCAACACGACCGAUUACACUUGGCCAAUUAUAAACGCAAGUGGGUCAAAUAAAUACAUUUAGACAGAAAUAAUUUCUGCGUAUUUUAUAGGAAAUAAUUAAAAAUUUGUUUUUGCGCUUAAAAUUUAUAUAUAUAUUUGUUAAAUUACCG